UUUUCAUCCGCACCAUGAAGACCUCUGGGAUAUCUCUUGGCUUCUUUAAUGCUCCAUUUCUCUGUCUCUUCUGGCUGAGAGCCGAGCAUUCAGUGGACUCAGUCCGCUUGUCGGCUCCAGAGGUGGUAACAGGAGCAUACGGAGGGUCACUGACAGUCCCUUGUCAGUACGGCCAUAAGUACAGAGAAUAUACAAAGUACUGGUGCAGAGGACCAAUAUAUGAGCUGUGUGACAUAGUGGUGAAAACACCCAGGGUGCGAAGCAGUGACAGAAGCUCUAUUGCUGAUGAUAAGAUAGCAGGAGUCUUCACUGUGACUAUGUCUUCUCUCAGAGAAAGUGAUGAAGAUACCUACUGGUGUGUGCUCGCCAGACCUGGAAGAAACAUCUACACUGGUGUCCGGAUCCACGUCUCCCAACCAGUGUUAUUUUCCACAGCAAUAAGAACCACCACUCCCACCACCAUACUGGAACGAUAUGAAAUGAGUUGGUGGGCAACUCUACGUUGGAUAGUCUUUAUUUUAAUGCUGUGUUGUUUGGUAUCAACACACAUCGCUGUUUGGAGGAUAAAGAUUGCGAGAAAGAAACGGCAACAACCACAAGUUCAAUAUGAAUGCCAGGCAACACCAGAAUUAUAAACAAUGUAUGAAUCAAAACUCAAUUAUACUGAAGCUAUUUAAACUGUACUCCCAGUGAACAUUAUAUCAGUGUGUGAAUUAAACUAUGAAAUAAACCCUUUGAAAAUGUG